UGCUGGUCGCAACAUCCACCCAGUUUUACGUCAGGAAGGGAAGCCGAUGUAUUUCCUCCCCUUCUUUAUCAGAAGGAAGUGCUGAAAAAAAGCCUAAGCAGCCAAGCGCCACAGCACCUUUUCCACUGGCCGCUCAGUUGGAGUCUGAGGCAGAAGAAGCCAGAGGAGUUUACGCAGAAUCACCAUGAAGACCAUCAGGGUUCUCGUCCUGCUGCUGCUAGUGGCUGUCCAAGUCUUCGCAGCAGAUUCAUCAGAUAGCACAAAGGUGCCACAAUUAACAUCAAUACAAACAGGAUCUUCAACCAAAAGUCCAACCAAAGUAACACCACCACCAGUGAUGCCAGCCAGUCAGAAUCCCUUAAUUUUUCUUCGUACUGAAACCACCGAAAACCCUAAUAACAUACUCAAGAUUGCUUCAACUUUAUUUGUACCUGCAGGAAAAACUAUAACAGCAGCAACUACAGGGAAGACGUUGAACGCCACUACUGCUGUCCAUGUCUCUGUGACAGUAACUAAGACUGUAAAUGCUAGUUCUUUCCAAUCGACAUCUCCUCCCAAGCUCACCACAGGAAACCCCACUAAUAACAAGAUCAAUGAGACUCAAGUAUCUAAAGGACAAGAUGAAAGCACUAGAAAACCAAACGCUGUAAAUGCUAGUUCUUUCCAAUCGACAUCUCCUCCCAAGCUCACCAUAGGAAACCCCACUAACAACAAGAUCAAUGAGACUCAAGUAUCUAAAGGACAAGAUGAAAGCACUAGAAAACCAAACGCUGUAAAUGCUAGUUCUUUCCAAUCGACAUCUCCUCCCAAGCUCACCAUAGGAAACCCCACUAACAACAAGAUCAAUGAGACUCAAGUAUCUAAAGGACAAGAUGAAAGCACUAGAAAACCAAACGCUGUAAAUGCUAGUUCUUUCCAAUCGACAUCUCCUCCCAAGCUCACCACAGGAAACCCUACUAACAACAAGAUCAAUGAAACUCAAGAGAAAAGGUGGUGGUGGAUCGUGUUACCGGUCCUGCUGGUUGCAGCUGCUGCUUUCAUCGUCUUCAAAUACAAAUGCAAGAAGAUCCACGAUCACACCGAAACUAUUGACAUUGGAACUGAGAAUGCAUCUUUCCAGAGCAGGCCGGAAAGCACCAAAGAUGGAGUCAUGCUCCUCGGAGUGAGGUCAUCAGGCGGGGACGAAAAUGCUGCUGCGAGAUAAUAAAAAAAAGGAGGACAUCAAGACCGAACAGUGUGUGCCUUACACCUGGCGCCCACACAAUGAUGGUCUGGAACGAAUGUUUGAUUUCUUUGAUUUUUUGUUGUUGUUGUGAAAACAUGCAAAACGUAUGUAUGAUUCUGUAUGCUGAAAUGAGGGUGUUUUGAUCAAUCUCAGAGUUAGUGAACCUUUUUCCAAUUAUAAUAUAUUUUAUGGAGAUAAUUCAGUAAAUCUUUAAAUUGAUAACGUAGGCUAAAUGCUGUCAGCACCCUUUAUUUCAGUAUACUGUUGACGAAGACAAAUUCAGCUGCAGAUCUCUGUCUACAUGUUUGUGACAAAACACGCUCCUGUACAGUGCACUGACCUCAGAUCCAUCAUGUUUGAUGUAAUUAAUCUGUUCAUUUCAUAGUUUUAUAAUUAUCCUUUGGUUGUUACUUAUCACUUAUGUGCCUUGAACUGCUUUGUAGGAUAUUAUGUGUUUUUGUGUCAAUUUCACCAAGAACAGGCUCUUUUUAGGUGUAUUCAUUUUUGCUUUACAUGUAUCUCAGUUAAGAAGGUUCAAUAUUAAAAUGUUAAAUAUUCCACCUGUGCACUGAAAACGUUUUAAAGUACUUUUUUUUUUUUGUCAGUAAAUUUAAAGACAGGGAUUGUAUAAAAGACACUGGAAAUGCUUUUUGGCUAGAAUGUGUUGCUCUCAAUUUCAAUGUUCUCAAUAAAUCACAAAAGAAAUGUU